GACAUUCUUGUGAUUUUUGACUUACGUACCUCCUUGUUCCAUGUCUGUUUGGGGUAGGUCGGGCGUCGAGUUCAUUCUUUUUUACUUUGUUUUUGUUUAGUUAGAAUUUAGAAGUCUUAACGGCUUAUGAGAUUAACCAACCAUUAUAAUGUCAAUUAUUGUGCUGUUUAAAGUGUGUUCACGUUUUUUCUUAUAAAUGGCACGGGUACUGUGAUAUAUCGAAGAUAAUGGUAACGAGACACCAGCUAAAACAAAGGAACCCUUUGGUAUUUUUAGAUAUUUUAAUCGAUGGCGAGAAAGCUGGACGAAUAGUUAUAGAACUAAGACGUGAUGUUGUGCCUAAGACAGCAGAGAACUUCCGAGCUCUCUGUACGGGUGAGAAAGGUGUCGGAGUCUUCGGUAAACCUUUGCAUUUCAAAGGAGUUCGAUUUCACAAAGCCAUUUCGCAGUUCAUGGUCCAAGGUGGGGACAUAAUUAAUGGCGAUGGGACCAGCGGUGAGAGCAUAUAUGGUCCGACAUUUGAGGAUGAAAAUUUUACACUUACGCACGAAGCGGGCGUGCUUAGUAUGGCAAAUGCGGGCCCGAAUACUAAUGGAUCACAGUUCUGCGUGACGACCGUCCCCUGUCCACAACUCGAUGAAACUAAUGUGGUAUUCGGAAGAGUUCUGGCAGGACUUGGAAUAGUUGCUGAGAUACAGCAGAUGGCUGAUGAUGGUCGACCGAGGGUGGAAUGCAUAAUAGAGGAUUGUGGAGAAAUCCAGGAUAUCCACAAUUGGAAUGUUUGUUGCAAUGAUGGCACUGUGGACCAUCUACCGGAGUAUCCAGAAGAUCUUCGCAUUGAUCUUACGACGGAGGAGCUGAUGCACGGCAUCCAUGCGUUGAAGGAGAGCGGCAACGCGCAGUUCGCGGCGCAGCGCGUGCGCGGCGCGGCGCGCAAGUACCACAAGUGUCUGCGGUACAUCGCGCGCGCCGCCGGCCGCCUCGGCCCGUAUCAUGAAGAUAUAAAAACGUACACCAUAAAGUGCAAUCUAAACCUUGCCGCUUGCUACGCUAGGCUGCAGGACUAUCGAUCCUGUAUCAGAACCUGUUCUGAGGUGCUGCACAUAGAUCCUGGCAACGAGAAAGCGUUGUACCGCCGAGGUCAAGCGAAUUUCGCGCUCAAGAACUAUGAACUCGCGCUCGAGGACCUCAAGCACGCAGACAAAGUCUCACCCAAGAACAGUGCGGUCCAGAAGCUUCUAGACGAAGUCAGAAUUACGAACAAGUCGUACAACGACAUCCAAAAGCAACGUUUGUCAAAAUUUUUUCGUGACCAAAAAGAAAAAAGUACUGCAAUCGAACACUGAGAUACGUUUAAAAGUUAUGAUAUACAAAAUUUAUUAAUAUAUUUUCAAUGUUGGUUCGUAUCGAGUGACGUUCGCGCAGAUCGUAUACGUAACAAAAAUGUAUAACCUUAUUUGACACACUUCAAACUUAUUCCGAAAUUGACUACCACGUCAAUACGGUGAAGUUUACACAAAUUAAUAAAAUUCAAAAUGAGAACGAAAUUGUAAACGAUUUCUAAACGUUAUUAUUAUUUUUUUAAAUUAUAAAUAAGCACUGCCAUAUUUUAAAAAGAUAUAGUUUUACGUUGCUAUAUUAUGGCAAUUGUUGAGUUUUAUUUUUCAUAUUUUUAAUCUCUUUAUUUAGCGCGAAAUUGUUUUAGGUAAAUAUUUAAACGUCAAUUUUAUUGAUAUAUUUAGAUUUGUUUAGGUUAGUUUUUGAUCUUACGUAUACGACAAUAAGGUUGAACUUCGUGUAAUUGGCUUGUUAGAAUAAAAUUAGGUUUUAUGAAACAAAACAAAAUGGUGCUUAGUUAUUAGCAGACUUCGAAAGAAAAGAAAAGAGGUUAUCGAUUCGACUGUAAUUUUUUUUAUUGCGUAACUGCAGUCAGUAGAGACAGCGGCGUUAUUUUUAGCGAUCACAAUAUUUGAAUUAAUGACAAAGACAUUAUGUAUCUCUAUUGAGAUUUUUUUUUUAAUGCUAAAAGGACAAUUUCUAUGAUUUAUUUUAUAAACUUCUAGAAUGAAAAUUUAGUAAAAUAAUAAUUAUUUUUAUAGUUAUUCAUAAAUUAGGUGUAUUUCUGCAAUAUUUCGUGAAUGUAUGAGUCAUUGAUCUCUAUCAUAAAUUUGUAUUACUUAAUUAAUAAUAAUUUCUAUUUUUUUAUUGCGAAUUAUUUUUUCGUUUUUUUUUUAUAUUAUUAAUUUACUUGCGAGGUUUUAGGGCUUAAAUUAUUAUAGAGACUGUUUUAAAAUAUUGUCUGUCAAUUAAAACUUUUUUUAUAAAGUCUAGUUAAGUUUUAUAUUUAUAAAUUUAUUUGAAUUUAAAUUAUUUAGAUAAACAAAAUUUAAUAUUUGGAUUUGUGUAUAAAUAUGUUCCGUAUACAAACAAUAAUAUUAUUAAAAUUAACUUCUUUUUUUAGGUAUAUACAUAUAAAAAUGUGACAAACAAAAUGGCUUUCAAAGUCUUAAAACAGUCUCCUUAUAUUUGUAGUUAGUUAUUAUUGGUGCUGAUUCAUUUAUACACCAUCUGAUCCAAAAUAUAAUUUAACAGGACUAAAAGUAUUGCUUAUAUCUCUUUCUCACACGUGAAACAAAGAUUUAAAUAUUAGAGGAUAGCAAGUCCUGUUAAUUUGUUUAUAAUUUGCGUGCAGACUUGGGCAAAAUGCAAUCAGAUUAAUGAUUACGAUUACAAUAUAUAAUCAGCAAUCACGGUUACUGUAUAACGAAAGUAAUCAAAAAAGUUCAGUGAGUGAAUGAGUCAAGUGCACCAGAGCAUCCCCGCGCGCCCUCAUCAAUCAAUCAAAGUUAAUUUGUAAUCGGCAUUGAUGAUUACACGUCACUCAUUAACCUUAUUACAAUUUGUCCAAAUCUGUUUGCGUGUAAGAGAAUCAGGAUUGAUUGUAUGUAAUAACAUAAGCAGAAUUUUUUUGUCUAUUAGUAAAAAUAAUAUAGAUCGAAUACUAAAUGUGAACCAGUUUUUUAGUUUAAGAGUAAUGUGUUUUAAAAAUCGAAUCUUGUUAUAUCUAUGAUGACGAUGAAGGGACUAUCCCUUAAAAAAUAAACAAAUUAAUAAUUAUUUACUUUAAAGCAAUUAAUUAAUAAUGAUAUUAUUUACCGUAUAUUUUGUAUCUGUGUAAGGUUUAUAAUUAUAUAUGUCUAUGAUUUGGCGCGAAUACAUUUACAAAUACGCCUAAUAUUUGAUGAUAUUAUUAUUUUUUCGAAUUUGAUAAAUUACUUGUAAACUUUGUAUGCGCAGCGGAUGUUUGGUAAAACAUUUUCUCUCUAUAAGUCAUCAUUGAUUUGUCAUUUGAGUUUUUUUAGUGUUUAACCCGUCCCCCCCCCCCCCCCCUAAGUAACAUUUAUAAGUAAAAGAAUGGCUACCCACAUUUUGUUAAGACUAUGACUGCUUAGAGUUUUACAAGCAUUAAUAGAUUUUCAUGUGAAUAACUAAAUUUAAGUUUGUUAUAUUUUCUUUUAUUUUAGUUAUAAAUGAAGGUUCCUGUAAUACGUCGACAGUUGCUAAGUAAACCAAAUUCUAUUAUAAAAUGAUUUUGCGGAUCUAAUUUGACAUAGCUUUAACUGCUUUGGGAUAUAUUAUAUUAAAAUAUGUUUUUGUGUAUUGCAUACUUGUUACAGUUCAUAUUGGUAAAUAGAAAAAAAAUAAUGUGAAAAUACAUUUUUUGUAGGCCUGGAUGGAAGGUAUUUGGAUAUCGAGACUUUAAUUUUGGAAAAAAAUGCAGUAAAUUAAAUUAUAUAAUCUACAACUACUAAAUAUUCAUAAUUAGAAAUACAUUGAAGUAAUAAUUUAUUUGAAGUUAUUCUAAAUAUGUUAAGAAUAAUAUGAGUUGAUGAAAUGAAAAGGAUUGAAAGAUUGUAACUUGUUUGUUUGCCACCUGAAGCCUGGGAGGUUCGGAGGCACUUGAGGGUAUUGGUGAUAUUUUAAAAGAUAGGGUCACAUUUAUACGACAGUAAAACAAUCACAAAUAUAAUUCGUAUUCGUAUUUGCCCCUAGCUUUACAGAGACUAAUGCCUCACUCCUCAGAAGUGUCCGAUCCUCAAAUGGGCAAUGUUCAUUUUUGUAGAAUGAAAAAGAUUAGUUAAGUAUGUGGACUAGUGAAAUGAAAAAAUGUUAAAAUUGUAUAUAAAUAUUCAAUAAUAAUAUAAUAAAUUAUAGUACAGUGAGAAUGUGAUAAAAUUUACAAUGUAAGGUACCAAAUAAAAAAGUGCCAUGAAAUGUUACAAUAGCCUUAUAGUAGUCAUUGUACUAUUUUUUAUUAUCGCUUUUAUAUUGUAAGGAUAUGGCUUUAAUGUGACUCGUCUCUGUUGGAGAAAGUUAUACAAGUUUAUUAUAUAAGCAUAAUACAUUUUGAUAUGAUGUAAGGUUCGGUUGAGAUUCAACCGAAGGUAAUUUAGUUAGCGAAGACUGUUUUCAGCAUGAUAUUGAUUCCACUGAUUAAGUUACUAUUGUAUCAUAUAUCAAUUAUACGGGAUUUUUGGAAGA